CUCUCGUGCAUCGUUCUUCUAUGUUGAAAAGCACUUAGACUUAAUGUUUAAGUAAUUAUAUUACCCCGUCCGCCCGUACCACAAUUUAUCACUUGAUUUUCGGGUAGUAUGAGAUGGGAUGCAGCCAGGGUAGGAAUGUUCGAAAGAAUUUAUCAAAAAAUGCAAGUAGGUUAUCCAGUGCAAAUCUCUCUGGGUCUGGACGAUUCGUGCGCGUGUUUGUCAUGCCUUUUCUGCAUCAGAAUUCAUUGCCUUUUCUGCAUCAGAAUUUUCGACCGUAUUGUAGGAGCAAUGGAAAUUUGAAAAGCUUUUUGCCUUCUUGCAAGACAGAUUGGUGUACGAUCCGCACCUCGAAGGCCAUGAAAUUGCAUCUUUUCAGACCCAGAUACGCUUCAAAUGCAUAUAGGUACCUACUUACCGAUCUUGUUUAGUACUGUUUGUCUUUCCCCGUUGCAGCACGACCAUCCGAAUUUUUACAGCGGAAACCUUAUUUAGCUUCGAGCAAGCGCAGGAGCAUGCGAAAAGAAAUCACUACGUCUGCAACGUCACCCGCUACUGCGAGCUUUUUUACCUAUAGUUUUCACUGUACAAUUAUGAUCAUCUGAACUGCUUCAGCACUUCAUUUUUUAUACACGCAACGUCAAAAAGAAAGAUCGAUCUUUUUCUUGGUCUCAGAAGUGUCACAAGUAACCGCCAACUCCAACUCGCGUGAUUUCUCUUUUUCUUGCAUUUUUUCAGCAAUCAGGAAAAUCAAAAACGCAAAGGCAAGAAUGAAGCUUCUGAAUAAGUAGGUAUGCUUGUUGGAAAGAACAGCAAUAUUUAUUACUGCGCGUUGAGACGGACGAAAAUGUUCUUUCUCUCGAAUUCGAUUUUUACCCUUUUUUAUAUUCAAAUUCGUCUUUAACCAACAAUCUAUAGUUCUGUCAGUGUCGGGUGGCCCCGCGUUAGCAGUGGGACUAACACAUAUCCAACACAAACUUGUACAAUACGUAUAAAGGUGCCGCAAUGAAGAACCUCCCUGAUAUUAACCGAUUUUAUAGUAAUUAUCAAGGGCUUGUUAGUAAGCAGGACCGUUUACUCGACGUGGUAUUCAGGGAACAAUAAAUUAUAGACAGAUACAUCGAGGAGCUGUUUCUAGCAUUUUACUGGUGGUCUCCUCCGUUUCAUUUUGUUCACCGGACUGAAGAAUGCAAAUUGAAAUUAGCUAUGUCGAUGAGAGUCACGUUUUUCAUCCGGCCUGUUGAUUAAAGCUUGUGUCACAGGACAGUCGCCGUAAGUGAGAACGAGAACGACGAAUAAACAACGGAGACAAAAGGUAGAGGUAGUGCGCCAACAGUCGUGCCUUCCGC